AUGGGUAAGAUGAGGAGGCCGCAUGGCGGGGUCUCGAACCCUAAAACGAAGUCACUGAUCUGGGCUGCUACUAUUUAUACAAAGAUUGGGGGGUCGAAGAUUUGGAAGGCGAGGAACGAGUUCCAGUUCAACACAAUGAAGAGGCAACCAAUGACACAGAUCAACAAGGCCAUAUCAGAAUGGAUAGAGUGCAAAGAAGCACAAACAGCUAUAAUGGAACAAGAGGAGAUCAGAGGGCCUAAAGAAGAAGAUAAAAGAUGGGUUCCACCAAGGGAGAAAUGCAUCAGAAUCAAUAUAGAUGCAGCGGUACAGACAUCAAGAGGGAAAGCUGGAUGGGGUAUAGUGACUAGAAACUCAGAAGGGAAACUGAUCUCCACGUGGGCAAUUCCUCAAAAAUGUCCUUCAGAACCAACUGUGGAAGAAGAAUUAGCCAUACAAAUGGCCUUAAUGAAAGCUAAACAGAAAGGAUGGAAGGAAAUACAGAUUCGACCAGAUUGCAAAAAUGUAAUACGGAAGCUGCAAGAAAACUCUGCUGAGAAUGUGUACUGCACUACAAUUCUGAAGGAUAUUAUCAAGUUGAAGAAUGAGUUUGAUGUUUGCAUUUUCUCUUUGAUUAGAAGAAUAAACAAUGUAGUUAGUCAUACGCUGGCAAAUUUUGCUCUGAGCUUGAUUACUGUUGUAACCUGGGAAAGAAACUUCCCAACUUGGCUCGAUACACUAACCAAGGAAGAUAUGACGAGCAGUUGCUCAGAAUUUUGUAACAUAGUUUUUAUGCGAUGA